GCAGAACAAGAAUAGAGAUUUUGCCCUUGCCAGUCUGCCUGACGUGACGCUGUCCUUAACCUCGCGGGAUUCGGACGAACAAGAACUUCGACAAGGACUGCUGCAUCUCUGUCACGCCUCGACAUGGGCUUUGGAUACUGUUGAGCUUGAUGAGCACCCUGCUGAUGCUGUUGAAUCCUUUUUUUCACAUGCUAAU